AUGGAUACAAAUGAAUCUUAUGAGAUAAUGCUAAAACUUGAAACACUGGGUUUAUCUACAACACAUAUUUAUCCUGUGUUUGUAUUUGGAACACUUAUCUAUGUAAUCAUUGUCUUUUGCAAUUUGUUGGUACUGACAACUAUUGCUGUGAGUAAAAACCUACACAAGCCCAUGUUUAUCCUGCUCCUCAACCUGCCCAUUAGUGACACGGUGGGUGCUACAGCUUUUUUCCCUCACUUUGUUUCCAGCAUUGUGACACAGAACAGACUGAUUUCCCAUCCUGCAUGUAUAACUCAGGCGUUUCUGAUUCAUUUUUAUGGUGCAGGGAACCUGCUGAUCUUGAGUGCCAUGGCAUAUGACAGAUACAUUGCAAUAUGUUGUCCUUUGAGGUAUAAUGCUAUCAUAACUCCACAAACUUUAAUCAAAAUGAUUAUUUCAAUAUGGCUCAUAAGUUUCUCAAUCAUGGUCACGCUGAUUUUGUUGCUUGCACGGUUUAAAAUUUGCAGGAUGAAUAUAGUGGAUUUGUACUGUAACAAUCCAUCAUUACUGAAACUGGUCUGUGAGGACACCAGAGUCAACAACUACUAUGGAAUGGCUGGUAUAGUCUUACUUCAAGGUGGACCACUGUUAAUAAUAAUAUACACAUAUGCACAGAUUUUGCGAACAUGUGUGAUGACUAAUCAGUCAGAUGCCCGGAGGAAAGCUAUUCAGACAUGUGGUACACAUUUAGUUGUUUUCUUAAUCUUACAAAUUAAUACUGUGGCGACUCUCAUUGCUCAUCGGAUUAAGAGUGCAUCCCCGUUCAUGAGAAGGGCUCUUGGUGUGUCAGUUGUAGUAUUUCCCCCGUUUUUGGACCCAAUUAUAUACGGACUAAAUUCCACAGAACUGAAGCAGAGUAUUAAGAUGUUUCUAAAAAGAAGUUUUUGUUCAACCAAGUUGUAA